AUCCAAUCGCAUCAUUUUCAUAGAAUUUCGCAAGUUCAUCUUUCAGAGCAUCCACCUAAGAUACGCGUCAGAAGCAUAGAGCUCUCUCCAUGUUUGGGUGUUAGCGCCAGCCUGCCCCUUUCCCGUGAACCCCACCCGUUCGCCAUCACACUCAUAUGGGCAUUAAGGAUGCAGGAUUGGAAAGCAAAGAAACUAACAUUUUUUGGCAUCUGUAAAAACACUUCAAUCAAAACUUUCUCCUCACCAUGUGCAGUCCCCAGAACGACGCCAUACAAGCCGGCCGCGACUCCUUCCCAGACGCCGCCGCCCAAAUCUCCUUCUAAUCCCGCUGAUCUGUGCUGGAUCAACUCAAUCGGGACGCUGUUGGUCUUCAGCGGACCGCGGCCGUGCUUGAAACACAGAUCUGCCAUUUAUCACGCACUGUCUAGAAAGAGUUUCCAGGAUACGCCUUUUGUCCAGCUCCCUGGAAAGCUGGAUCCACAUCUUUCAUUGAUACAGACAUGGUGCUUCUCCACAAGUUCUAUAUUCAAAAUUCUAAAGACCUGA